AUGGAUUCAAGCAGUAAUACUACGCGACUGGCUGAAGAACUAGGUAUUCCACAAGAAAAACUUAUCUCAAUUGACAAUGAGACAACCCUAAUAUUACUUAAUAAAUUAAAAACAUCCAAACUUACAUCAGUAGAUUUGUUGACAAAUGACAUACCGAAUGUUGAUCCCAAUUUAAAGAAAAAUCUUAUAGAUAAGAACAAAAUAAUAUCAAAAUUAAAAGAUCAAUAUAUUGAAUUGUCGACAAAUGUUCAAAUACUUGAAGAAGAAAAUGCAUCGAAUAGAUGCGAACUAAUGAGAAAAGCUGAAGAAGCAUCAUUAUUAAAUUCUCAUAAAGUUUGGAUGGAAUCUCAAAUAAGAAAGGAUACCGAAGAGUUUAUUACCUACAAGGAAACAAAACAAAAUGAAUUAUCAGAUAUGAACCGAAAAGUUGUUGACGUAUUAGACCAAAAUAAACUUCUAUUAUCAAUACAAAAGGAACUUCGGUCAAAGAAUUCAGAAUUAUCUUCAAUUGUAGAGACUACUUCAAAGGAAUUAAAAUCAGCAAAGGAUAUUUUGAAGUUGAAAGAAUCUGAAUUUACUAAAGAGAUGAAUGCCACCGAAAAGAUGAAAGAACUACUUACAGAGCAACUUCGUAAUUUUGAGCUACAAGCCAAAAAUAAUAUUGAGAGUAGCUCAAAUUCUAUAGAUUCACACGAAAGAGAUAGAUUAAUAAAUGAAAUUGCAUUAACCAAAGACAACCUUAAAGAAUAUAAACAAAAAUGUGCUCAUCUCCAGACAAUGAUUGAUUCAUUUAUAACAAAUGGAGGAGGUAACUUCGACAGUACAUCUUUAAAUCAUAAUCAACCACUGAAUAUAAACUAUUUAAAUGAAGAAAUAGACUCUCUGAAGAGACAACUCCUUCAAGAUAGACAACAGAAGGAACAUCUGCAGAGGCAACUUGAGACAAUGAUAGCAGAGAUGGAAACAAAAAUGCCUUUAAUAGAAUCAUUCAAAAAAAGAACCGAAGAACUCGAACAUCAGUUACUUGACACUUCUGAUUUAUUGGAGAAGGUAUCCCAUGAGAAAACUGAAAUGUCAAGGGAUUUAAGAAUUAUCAAAAAGAAACAAGACGAUAGAGCGGAUAAUAUGAAAUUACUAAGAAUACAAAGAAAUGAUUUAGCACGACAGGUUCAAUUUUUGUUGGCGGCCAAUACACACAUUGAAGAUGGCUCAACGUUAUUUUCAUCUGACGAGUUAACACUUGUGAAAAAGAUAAUAUCAAAUGAAAAUGAAAAUGAUUAUAGUGAUUCUCAAAAAGUUAUAUCAACUAGACUAGUUUGCUUUAAAAAUACCCAGGAGCUUCAGCAAAAAAAUAUGGAUUUAUUGAAUUCCAUAAGAGGGUUGGCCAAACAACUGGAAUUAAUGGAAAAUGCAAACGUUUCAAAUGAUAACCAAAAUACGAUCAAAGAGGCGAAAUUGGCAAUGAUAGAUUUACAAAAUCAUGCAAAUGAUUUACAAGAUAAUGUAGAUACAUUAACGAAGGAACGCAACUCCUUACGAUUAUUAAUUCCACAAGGAAAUAAAGUUCAUAAUUUAACAAAAAAGAAAAAUAGUUCAAUUAAUUCAGAUGAAUCAACAGCUGAAGAACUAUUUCAUUUAAAUGAGAAACUUGAAAACAUGGAGUUAAAAAAGAAUGAAAAAAUUUCAGAGUUAAAUUCAAUAAUCGAAAAGCAGACCGUGUCUAUUCACCAACUAAAACUUGAACUUGAGAAAGCAAAUAGCAGUAAUUCACUAUUACAAAGUCACGUAAAUGAUCUCAACCACGAAGUAAAUGAUAUGAGCGGCUCCAGAAACUCAAUAAAGGAGGAACUGGAAAAAGCACAAAGUACAAUUAUGCAAUUUAAAACAAAUGAAUAUGGUAACGGUAACCAAAUUAACGAACUGACUAACCAGUUAUCAUCUCAAAAAUUAUUACAAGAUAAAAUCGAAGCUCGUAGUAACCAAAUGGCAGUGGAGAGAAGUUCAAUACAGGAAAAAUAUAUAAAAACUUGUGAAGAAAAAAACGAGUUAAAGGUUCAACUAGGAGAUUUAGAAAUAAAGUUAAAGACACUGGAAGAUACAUAUACAGCGUCUAUUGAUCAAUGCAAUACAUUAAAAAGGGAGAUCGAAUUAUUAUUAGGGCAGGCAAAUGACCAGCAAAAAAUGUUACAUGAUUUAGAAGAGAAACGAAGGACAGAAAUUCAAUGGUUUCAGGACGAAUCAAUUUCGAUCAAUAAGAAAUAUAUCGAUGCUGAAACGACUAUCUCUAAAAUCACGAGAGAAAAUGAAGAUCAAAAGCAAAAGCAAAUAAUGCUCAACAUUGAAUUACAAAGUCUAAAGUCAACCCAAGAUAAUAAUGGGACAUUACAUUAUAACGAGGAUGUAUUAAAUAGUGAGGCAGAUCAACCAAUAAUUGAACCAUCUAAAGAACUAAACAACGGGUUCUCAGAUGGAACACAGAAGGAUAUGGUUAACGAUGGUCCAAAUAUUUUGGAAUUAGAAGCCAAAAUUCGCGAGCUAGUUUUAUCCCUUUCAGUUAUGAAAGAUCAGAAUAGCUCAUUAAAGAAACGCUUAAUAGAAACCCAAACGAUGCUUGAAAAAAACUCAAGCGAAGACACACACACACCAGACACAUUCAAACACAUAAAAUCAGAUGAACUUCAAGCCACUUCUACUGAUGGUCAAGAUUCCAUUAUUAGCCAUUUCGAGGAGAAUAUUAACAUAUUGGAAAAGCAGUUAUCGUUUGCUAAUGAGAAGUUUGAAGGAUUAUCUACUCAAAAUGACCUCUUGUUAGAGAAGCUCCACAAAAUGGAGUCUAUUACUGACAAUCCAUCGAUUGAUGAUAUAUUAGUAUGCCUAAAACAUGAAAGAGAUAACCUCCGUAAAAGGGUGGAUAUUCUAGAACGCGAAAUGAGGACCAAGGCUAAUGCCUCCUCACAUUUACAUAGCACAGAGCUACGGAUGUCUACCAGUCAGCCUAACGCCAUAGCUGAGAGCCACAACGAAUUAGUGAAUAAAAUUCAUGAAUUUAACAUUAUACAACAAAAAAAUGAAGAGUUAGAAACUCAAUUAAAGAAUUUGAAUGAUGAAAAGAAUGCAAACAAUGACGAAAUUGAUCAAUUGAAAGGUCAAUUAGAACCGUACAAAACAACAGUUAAUGAACUAAAAAAGACUAUACUAGAGAAAGAACAAAAUGUUAAAUUAUUGCAAGAGGAGAGCAGCAGGUGGAAAACACAGUCAAUGAGACUGUCAAGCGAACCCAAGUCAGAUCCAAACGAAGUCCUCGAACUUAAAGAGCAAAUUAAUGCAUUGAAUGCAAACAUUAGCGCGAAAGACUUGCAGAGCAAAGAUAUGGAUGAAAAAUUUGCAAGAUUGAAAAAACAAGCCCACGAGAGAUUAGAUUCUACAAAACUUGUUGUGAACCAAUUGAAUGACGAGAUCAAUAUACUGAAAUCUGAGAAGGAUGCUUUACAACAUGCUUUGGAUGAUAAAGUAUCUGAAUGUGAUGGAAUGAAUCUGAAAAUCGAAGAAUUAAAAAAUACCGAAGGCUCAAGCAGAUCUCAAAGCAGCGAACCUAAGUUAUCUCAUGAUUAUGAUCCAAAAGAACAGAUUAUUGAGUUAGAAAAGGAGAUAACUUACUUAAAGGGAAAACUCGAGCUAUUCGAUGAAUCAGCGAAGAGUCCCGACCUUAUCAAUUAUCUGGAAAAACUCGAUAAUAUCAAAAAGCAAUUUGAAGAAGCUAGAGUGGAGGAACAAAUCAUACACCAAAGUGACAUUAAUCCAGAUUUGGUAGGUAUGGGAAGUAGUUUAAAUGUUGAUAAGAAUUUAUUGGACAAGGAGAAGGAGAAAUGGGAAAUUGAAACUCUGAAACGGAUAAAAGAUGCGAAGGAAGACUUAAAGAGGCACCUAAGGCAACCAACAGAAGAAAAAAUUAAUAGAGUAAUUGAGAAAAGAAAAAGAGAACUACAAGAUAAUUUCGAUGAAUUGGCGCUCGAAAAAGCUAAGUCGCUUAUCUUGUCAAAUGAGAUAAAUCUAACAGCUGCUCAAGUAAAAGAGGAACUCAGACAAAGAGUUGAAACCGAGAUGCAGGAGAACCUUGAGCAAUCGAGAAAGAAAAUUUUUGAGGAAGGUAGACAACAAGAAUUAAUGAAAACAAAAUUAUUAGAAAGAAAGCUAUCAAAACUAGAAGAUUCCCAGAACAUAACCACUGAAAGUCCAAGUCGAGAACAAGGGAAUAAAGGAGAGAGCGAUCAACAAAAUAAUGCAAGUAUACAACUAGGAAUUAGUGCUAAUUUCCCAAAUUUUGGAUUACCAACGGCAGCAACUAAUAAUCCAUUUACGUUUUCUGCACAAUCCUCAAAUUCAUCAUUAGGAACAUUCCAAACACAAAUCACACCUUCUCCGUUUGUCAGUAAUAAGAAUACAAACUUUGCACCUAUAUUCGGUAAACCGUCUACAUCUUUUGGAAUUAAGGAUUAUAGAGCACCAGAAAUCCAGGAUGUAGACAAUACAACAAAAUCAAGUUCUGAAACAGCGAACAAGGUGUAUUUUGAUAACAGUAAGACAACUAGUUCUUCUGAUUCACACGAAACUGUUGAGAGGCCGUUCAAAAGAAGUAAAACUGAAGAACCAUAA